AAACAAUCAUCAUUAUGGUCUUAAAGUCAUCCAUUGUCUUUACUCUUCUUGCAUGUGCUGUCUCAAGUGCAUUGGCUAAAAAGCAACCUGAUGCUGGUGACGUUAAAGGAAAGAUGGUGGCUCGCGAAGAACCCAUAGAUGUUCAUGCUGGUGAUGUUGUCGAAGUUGGCGUAGACGGUGCCAUUGACAUCGACGCUCUCGGGAGCAAUGUGGUUAAUGUUGAUGAUCCUGCUGCAGGAAUUGUUGACGAGGUAGUGGGAGCCCCUAACUGAAUAGAAACGCCUUUCUUGUUGGUGUCCAUAUCUUCUCUUUUUUUUUUUUUUUUUCUCUU